AUGCAAUAUGCAGAAGAACAGAAUUUGAAACGUUGUUUGGAGAGGUUGCUCGACGAGAAGGUGCGCCAUCCGGGUCCAACCAACUGGGACGCCUCAAACAUGGAGGGUCGUAUUCUUCAGACUAUUGUUGACUAUUUCAUCAACGAGGCGCCUCCAGCUUUUGAGCUGGGCACCAACCACAGUGUGGGGCAUCGAGGACCUGCACGCCAACAGGGCUGGUGUCGUGGAACCGCCAAUCAGUCACGACGAUGA